AAAUGCUGCACAUCUGGCUCUCUCUUCUGUCAGGCCUUCACUUGGUUUUCCUUUGCACCGCCGAGGAAGGUCUCGAGUUCCCCAAUUUUGAUGGAAAGGACAGAGUUUUGGACAUCAACGAGAGGAACUACAAGAAGGCUCUGAAGAGAUACGACCUGCUGUGUUUGUUCUACCAUGAGCCUGUGCCUGCAAACAAAGGCCUGCAGAAGAGGUUCCAGAUGACGGAGCUGGUGCUGGAGCUCACAGCUCAGGUCCUGGAGAACAAAGACAUCGGCUUUGGGAUGGUGGAUUCCCAGAAGGACGCCAAAGUAGCCAAAAAACUGGGUCUGGAGGAGGUGGGCAGCUUGUACGUCUUCAAGGACGACAGAGUCAUCGAGUUUGAUGGGGAGCUCUCCUCAGACACACUGGUGGAGUUUCUCUUGGAUGUGCUGGAGGACCCAGUGGAGAUCAUCAACAACGCCAUGGAACUACGUGCCUUUGAGAGGAUGGAGGAAGACAUUCGCCUCAUUGGCUACUUCAAAGGAGAAGAUAUUUACUACAAAGCCUUUCAGGAGGCCUCGGAACGUUUUCAACCUUACAUCAAGUUCUUUGCUACGUUUGAUAAAUCUGUGGCCAAACAUCUCUCCCUCAAGAUGAAUGAGGUGAACUUUUAUGAGCCCUUCAUGGAGGAGCCGGCCAUCCUGCCUGGCAGACCUCUGUCGGAGAUGGACAUCGUUGAGUUUGUCAACCAACACAGGAGGGCAACUUUGAGGAAGCUUCGGGCUGAAAACAUGUUUGAAACAUGGGAGGAUGAUAUGGAUGGAAUACAUAUUGUUGCAUUUGCAGAGGAAGAGGAUCCAGACGGCUACGAGUUCCUAGAGAUCCUGAAAGAUGUGGCCAGGGACAACACCAACAACCCAGAGCUGAGCAUCGUUUGGAUCGACCCUGAUGACUUCCCUCUGCUGACUACAUACUGGGAGAAAACCUUCAAGUUGGACUUGUUCAGACCUCAGAUUGGUGUGGUCAACGUCACAGAUGCGGACAGUGUUUGGUUGGACAUGUCCAACGAUGAGGAUCUGCCCACUGCAGAGGAGCUGGAGGACUGGAUAGAAGACGUUCUGUCCGGGAGGGUGAACACGGAGGAUGAUGACGAGUCUGGGGAUGACCAGGACAACCCUGACAGCUACAUCACAGAGGACAGCUACGAAAGUCAUGACCCGGAGAAGGAGGAGGAUAGUGAUGACUAAACUGAAAGGCUGCUGUCGGUAGUUCAGACCUGGGUAGAAAUAAUGAAAUGCUCUGGCUGGGCACAAAA